CAGUCUGUUUUAUAGUUUCUUUCACAGGCGAUGUAAAACGAAGAAAUAUGUAUUUGAUAUAAUAUUGCAAUACUUCAUCUAACAUUAAUGAUCGUUAUUUUGUGAAGGCAUGCAUUCAAAAGCAACGUAAUGUUAACAGAAAAGGCGCGUCUCAUUUCGCUCCAGAUAUUGUGAAUCAGUUUAUCGUAAACACGAAUUCAGCGCUGCUAAGUAGUGAUAGCACAUGGGCUUUUCGAAAAUUCGAGUCAAUUGAACCAAAUGCUUCGCAAAUGAUUCACUGUUUUGCGCUCGAAUCACUGCACACUGAGGACACCUGGUCAAAAUAGUGAAAAUGCAGCAUGCUUUUACAAACAAAUGGCAAACGUUUGAAUGAAAGUGCAUUAUCUUAAAGUAAAAAGCUCUGGCUGAAGCGACUGAGAUCCAUGUGACACGCUGUUGAAAAGAUGGCGUUUAUUAAAGUGGAGAGUGAAGACAUGAGGAUCGAAGAAGCGUUCAGAGUCAAACACGAAGAUACUGAGGAACAAACAGAAGCUCCCAAGUCUUGUCCGGCCAAACUUCGUAUCAUUCUUCAAGACCAUGACAUUCGCAAAUUGGACUUGCCUCAGGGAAUCCCUGGGACUGUGAGUGAACUUGAGUCUAUUGUGAGGAAGACAUUUGUCCUCAAUGGAAACUUUACUUUGCAUUAUAAGGAUGCUGACUUCGGGGAGGAAUAUUUUUCUCUUACCUCAACAAGUGACAUCAAGGACAAGGACACAAUUAAGGUGAUUCACAUCGUUGAACCUCCCACGCUUACUUUGACUUUUACUGAUGUGGAGAGUUCCAUUAAAAGUGCAUCAAAGACCUGCAUCCAAACCUCGGUCCACACUUCAGUGACCGACAUCUAUCCUUCUAUCAGCGGUUCCUUUUCUGAAUCGCAGGAUACACUGAUUCUUCCAUCGUCUGAACACAAGACUCAGCGUUCACAGCGUUGGCCUACUGAAUUCUCAGUACCUCGCUUUGCCUAUGAUACAGAACUUGUGCUUGCUGCAGGAAGUGAGGCUUUCAAGAAGGAUGGAAUCCAACUCAACUUUACACCAAUCCUUCCAGACAUCCUAGAGAAAUUGGCUGAAAGCAUCUUUCAGUAUGUGGCCUACCCAACAAGCGCAGUUGUCUGAUGUUGCUGAGGCGCUGGUUCAGAAAUAUCCCUGCCUUAAAGAGCCAGGCUCAUAUAAUGGAUGCUAUGGAUGGCGACAGCGACUAAAAUAUAAAAUGGGCAACUAUAGAGCAAAACUAAGAGGGCUUGGAUGCCCUGAGCUCGAUGUUAACUCUCUCAAAAAGAAGCGAGCACAUGAAAAAGCACCUGCAAAAAAUAUAAAAAAGCCAAGAAAAGCAGAGGUGAACUUCUUACCCCCUCACCCACAAGGAGAAACUGAAGAAAGCUUGGAAAAUGAAAGAGUGGAGCUCCUUAACGAAGUAAAGAGGGGUGUGAACUAUCAGAUAAUCAGUGAAAAAAUGGCAAAGACAUUCUCUAUUCGCAGGCAGGAAAUUGUCAGUCAAGCAACACCAAUCAAUGACUUAAAAUACAGAUGGCCUGCACUUUUUGAUGCAGCUCAGAUAAAUGAAGAAUUCAGAAGGAUCACCACUGUUGACUUGGAGGCAACGUUCAUGGCAAAACUGGACCAGUACUCUCCUAAAAUAAUGUCCUUGGUGUUCUCAAGGGGACGGUCUUCAAAAAUGAGUAUUCAGCAUAUUAAGAACAUGCUGCUAGAGGAUUAUUCUUUGGAAAGAAGGAGAGAGGCUGCUAUCCGUUCCUUAGUGGUGUAUCUCAGAGAAAAUGAUGAAGAUCUGUUUAAAGAACAUUCGGAUGAUGGGGAUAUAGCCAAUGAAGUGAUGAAGAUUAUUAUAAUUAGAGGGUCCAUGAUAUCAGAACCAGCCAGUGCAAGAAUUGUGAUUGAGGGAACAGAAGUCCAGCAAGACCUGGACGUACCCAGGGCCUGUGCAUUGCUAAUGGGACUAAUAUAUGCACUUAACCUCAGCUACCCAAAAGAACUGAAAAACACUUUUGAGGCAUUUCAAAAGAUCUUCCUUGAGCUGGAUGAUAUGAAAGCUUGCCCAAAAGUAAUGUCUCUAAAAAACAAAUUGCUGUACUAAAACUGUGAUGAAUUAGGCUGUUGUCAUCUAAUAUAAAUGUGAUGUGAAAAAGUUCAGUUGUGCAUUCAAUUGCAGCAGCUGUGCUCUUGACAGUUGGCAGGUUUUUUUUUUUUUUUUUUUUAGAAACACCUAUAUAAAAAUGUAUUUGUCAAAACAACAGCCCAAGCAGGAAUGGUUUUAGCUAAGUCAACUGGCAAUGAGUGUUGUUGAAAUUUCUCAUGUUUUCUUUGUUCUUUUUGAAAGUAAAACCACAUAUUUACUUACAAAAUAACUUUGAAAAAUAUAUUUUUCCCCAAAGUGUGUAACAUGUGAUUUGUUUUUGGCAAAACUAAAUCAAUGGAUACUCCUUUUCACAGAAAUUGUGAAGCACUGUAUUUAGUUUAGAGGAUCAGUCCUCUAAAAUCCACAUUCAUAAACUGAACAUGUUUUAUUUUAAGAAAAAUAUCCUGCUAAGAGCCUGCAAUAUUUUUUUGUGUGUGUGUACAGAUGAUGUUCAUGGUUUGUUUGGACCAAACAAAAGUUGCCACUACUUUUAUAUUAAACAGUUGUUAAUACUGGAA